AUGGCUGCAGGUUCCCGUGACCAUUUCCAGCCCAACCAGGUCAAUCAACAUCAUGACUACGAUCCCGAGCACUUCCAACAGUUCCGACAUUUCCCUCACUCGCGUUCUUUGUCGUUGCAUACUCGCUUCGAAGGCCCCACCGAUGAAACACCCAAUCUAACCACCAAGCGCUCCUUAUUGCACCGCGCCCGGCGAUCCGUCCUAAGCUUCAGAGCACCCAGCCCCCAAGCUUCUGAAUCUCCCUAUGCCUCUAAGAGGCCCAGACAGGACGAAUUGUACCAAGAUCGCCCUGAUGUGAAAAGAACAAUGCCAUCAAGUCUGGCGUAUUCUGGAGCAACCAGAACCUUAAAUGAAAAUGCACGCUCUCUCAACGGAUCUCUAAACAACAGUCUAAACGGGACUCAUCGGGGGGUCGAGGACAAGUCCUCGAUGGACGAGGGCCGCCCAAAGAACGAGGAUGUCUUCCUAAAUAUUGCGAGAACCGAUUCUGGCCGACGCGACUCGGUAGGUCGCUCAGAUUUCAGACGGUCACGAAUUGGUUAUUCUAGCCAGAUUCUACGGUCGCCAACGACUGAACAAACCCCCUCACCCGAUCAGCGAUACAGCAAUAUUGACAACCCCUUGCAUCUCCAAAAUGAAUCCCCCACCGCUCCCUACAGCGCCAUGCACACUCCAGCGUCAUCCGUUCACCCGCUAGACGACUCCGGUCGCUUCCGCUACAGUACCCUGGGAUCUGGUGCGCGAUCCGUUGUCGGCGUUCCACGAAGCCGCUUCAGCCGCACAAGCCCCGACGCUUCACCGCGCACACCGACUGCUGCGGAGGAGAAGGAGCGUCGAGCGUCUCUAAAUGAUCCGCGCACCAAUCGCCUUUCGGGGCUCUCUACAAUCCGAAGCAGUCGGCAACCUUCUGGGUCUGAAGUGACUGGGCGGCCGCGAGCCGAUACAGCACGAUCGCGCGCUGAUGGAACCGAGUCGGAAUUGUCCACCACGGCCCCAUCCACUGUUUGGGAUGAACUGGAUGAUCUCAAGGAUCGGAUCAAAAAACUGGAACUGACAGGGAAGCUACCUUCGUCAUCUUCGGCGGCGAUGUACACGCCUACCAAUGAGAGACCGCGGACUGCAAACACUGCCAUUACCGCCUUAUCUUCCUCGCCUAAGCAACGCCGCAGAACCAGCAUCUCAACUGCAGAUACUGAACAUAAUCCGGUGCACCCGAUUCUGCAAUCCGCAUUGGCCAAGGCAAAACUUGUCUUAAACGGUGACGUGUACGCCUCCCUCGAAGCAACGAUAACCGAUGCUUUGAACCUUUCCACUGCGUUGGGCGUCAAUACCGCUCCGUCGGGCACCGCCUCUGUUGUGAAUGGAGGAGGAUACACCUCGCCAGAACGACAUGCACGUCGCAAAGCAGACAGUGUAUGCCGUAGCCUGACCGAGCUUUGUCUAGCCCUGACGGACGAGCAGCUAAAGAAUGUCCGACCGUCGUCCAGUCGCGAGACAGUUCUGCAGCAACCCCAAUUAUCGAACGGCACGGGGUUCGAUGCUCGUAUGUCCAUACCCACGUAUCAGCGAAAUGGGAACCACGAGCCCGAAGGAAUUGAGCGGCGCCAUAGCACGAAUCGCAUCCCCAGUCGCCUGGAAGCACGUCGAGCAUCCAUGGCCAAUGCCAGCUCCGGAAACACGACAGAUAUGAAGCAGAGUCCAACCCCAUCUCCCGGCAUGUCCAACCCAACCACUCGUCUCAAUCGCAUGUCAAGUUCUCUCCGCAGCCGCAGGCAGACCAUUGGCGAGGAAACCGGGGAGACUGAAAGCCCACUUAGUCGUUCAGUCUCCAGAGCCAAUACAGACAUUGACACACCGCUUCCUACACAAGCCAUACCCCCUCGCCAACGCUUCUCCCAAGGUCACACUGUGUCACGUUCCAUUUCCGGUGUGCAGCAGGACCAGAACGGCCUCGGAUACCUACCCCGCUCCCCGCAAUACCAAUCAUCACAAGUGCCCCAGCCACAAGUGCAAUCCUCACAGCCUCGAACACCGACUCUCUCAUCAAGUCUCUCAUUUCGUCGAAGCUACAUCAACCCUGCUACAUACACCCCUGCGACAUCCCGCUCCAAUAUCCAGGCCGGGUCUCGCCGCUAUGGCCUAACGCCCAGCUUCUCUUCCAACAACCUACAGGGAUCUCCCGUCGAAGAAAGUCUGCGAUCGCCCCACCAAAUAGAACAGGCCCAGACCAGGAUCUCGACCCCAUCAAGAAAAAUGGCAACCAGCUACACGCCAAUCCAAACCCCACGACUGCGAACGAACAGCCUGGGAGUACAGAGAUUCGGCCUUCGAAACCGUGUCCCAGCUACCCCCAACAAUAUAAACCUCGACGACAGCAUCGAUUAA